AUGCGUCGAGAGGCCGCGUUCGCCCGCGCCGCCGGUGCGGCGGGCGUCUGCCCGCGCGCCGCGGACCGGCGGCGGCGCGCGCGGCGCAGCUGCGAGAACGUCUGCCCGCGCGCCGCCGGGGCCCCGCGCCAGUGCGCCCACUUCCGCGUCCGCGGCCGCCCCGCCGCGGCGCAAAUCGACGGCAACGCGCGGCCGGACGACGAGCGCCCCUUCGGCUUCGUCUGCAAGAACGGGCGGCGCCGCUGGUGCGCGCCGGCCCACGAGCGGCGCUGCGUCGCCUGCGGCGCGCGGACGCGGAGCCCGGCCGUCGACGGGGGCCUCGCGUUGUCGCUCGCCGCGCGCUCGGGCUUUUUCGGCUUCCGCGACGCGCUCGGCGCGCGGUGCCGGCGGUCGGACGCGGGCGCGUUGCCGCACGUCGCCGACCUCGCCCUCGCGGGCGUGUCCGAGCGGGGUCUGCGAUUGGCGGCGCGGCUGUGCCCGAACCUGAAGACCCUCGACGUCUCCGGCUGCGCCGGCGGCGGCGACGCGGCCGUGCUGGCGGCGCUCCUCGAGCGCUGCCCGAAGCUGGAGACGCUCGACGUCGGUGCCGUCGGCGCGGCCGGGCUCCGGACGCUCGCGGCGCUCGGGCUGCGGUCGCUGUCGGUCGGCGACUUCGGCUACGGCGACCUCGGCCCGCUCGCGGCGGCGCUCGACGGCGCGCCGCCGACGCUGGUGAGUUUGCGGGUGGACUGCCACCACUUCUGCUUCGCCGGGUGGGCGGCGCCGCCGCCCGCGAGCGCCGCGCGGGGAUUACGGAGCGUCGAGCGGCUGCGCGUCGCGUCGGCCUGGGGCGACCCGGGCUGGCUCUGGGGCCUCGCGCCGAACGUGGCCGCGCUGUCGCUGGCGGGGUGCCGAUCCGUCGGCGACGCGCCGGGGCUGCGGGGGCUGGCGCGGCUGGCGGAGCUCGACGUGUCCGGGAGCCCCUACGUCACGGGCUUCUCGCGGCCCGCGGUCCGCCAGCUCGCGCGGACGCUCGCGCGGCUCGACGUGUCCGACUGCGCGUCCAUGUUCUGCGUGGACUUUGUCACGGGGCUCGCCGCGCUCGAGGUGUUCGAGGCGCGGGGGCUCGGCAUCGCCGCGCUGCCGCGCGGCCUCGGCGAGUUGGCGCGGCUCCGGCGCGUCGACGUGUCGCGCUGCGCGGCGCUCGCGGAGCUGCCGGCGAGCCUGGGCGACGGCGCGCCCGCGCUCCGCGCCGUCGACGUCGCGGGCUGCCCCGCGCUCGCUAAGUUCCCGGCGAGCCUCGUGCAGCGCGGCCUAGAAGCGCGCCACCCGGGCAUGCCGCCUCCAAGCUCGCCCGAGAUCGUGGUCAAAUGCUACUAUGGCGACGCGAAGGGCGUCGCGGACGCGAUCGCCGCCGGCGCGGAUCUCCUGGAAGUGGCGUGUCCGGCGGUCUACUCUGGGAAUGUUGAGAGGCGCGGCCAGCCGGACCCGGAGUGCGGCAUCGCGUUGCACUACGCGUGCUUUUAUGCGCACAUCGACUGCGUGCGCGAACUCCUCGCGACGGGCUGCCACGAGCAGCUCGACUGGCGGCGGGCGGAGACCGGCGCAACACCACUCGUGCUCCUGUGCCAGCACGCGGGCCAGGCGGCGUGCUCGGUCAAUCCCCAUCAACUCGCGGACACGCUGGCGUGCGUCGAGCUGCUGCUCGAGGCCGGGGCCGCGCUGGAGCCCAGGACGACGAAGGAGCACACGAACCCGCGCCCCGUCGGCGCCCCGUCCGCCGAGGCCCGGCGCGGCCGCGUGCGCGAGGAUCCGAGCCUGCCGCGGGACUGGCGCGUGUCGCCGAGCGGCCUCACGGCCCUCGACUUCGCCUACCUCUCCGGCGACGGCGACCUCGUGCGCGCGCUCGAGGACGCCGCGGGCCUCCGAUACUCCGCGCGGACGCAUCGCCGCUUCCCGCGCCCGGCGCGGUACGCGGCGGCGGGCUGGCUCCGUCUGGGCUACCGGGUCGGCUCCGGCGCGCUGCUGCCGGUCUGGGCGAGUCGCGUCCUGCCGUUCCUCGUCGCGCGGACGAGCCGGGCGCCGGCGCCGCGGCAAUCCGCCGCCGCGGUGCGCGCGCCGUCCGAGGCCUUCGCCGUCGGGGCGACCGUGCGCGUCGUCGGAUUGGCCAAGGCGACGCAGCACAACGGGAAGCUGGGCCGCGUGUGCAAGAAGGCCGGGCCGGAGGGCCGCGUCGGCGUCGCGCUCGACCUCGGCGGCGCGGUCGCCGUGAGGCGCGAGAACCUCGAGGCGCUCGACGCGGCCGACGACGGGGAGUCGGCCUCCGAGGCGGACACGGCGCCCGACGAGGACGGGGCGCCCGAAGACCCCCCGCGCCGCGCCUCGGGCAUGCGCGCGUCGCCGUUCGCGACGCCCCUCGGCGAGAAGCUCCUGCGCGAGCAGCGCGAGCAGGAGCUGGCGGCCGCGGCCGCCGCGCCGCGGCCGCGCGAGGACUACCGGCGCGCCCUCGUGGACCUGUCGGCGCAGAUCCGAGCGGCGCGGCAGGCGACGGGGCCCGCGGAGCUGGCCACGGAGGAGAUCCUCGCCGCGAGCCCGUGGCUCGGCGACGGCGCGGAGGCGUUCUUCCGCGCGCACCCGUUCCCGCGGCCGCGGUCCGGCCCCGCGCAGCGGCAGCUGGGCUACUGGAAGGGCGUCGCGUCGGGCCUCUUCCCGCCGGGCGAGGGCGAGGGCGUCGUCGGCGGCGAGAUCGCGGAGCGGGUCCCGGAGACGCGGCCCGUCGAGGUCGACGACGUUAAGGGCUCGACGUGGGUCGCCGUCGUCCUGGUCCAGGCGGGCGACGGCGCGCUGAGCGCGCGCGUCGUCGCGGAACUUUGGACCCUCGCCUUCGACGGCGCGGGCGCCGCCGCGACGGCGGCGUGCGGCGGCCUCUUUGACGGCGCCGCGGCGCUGCGCCUCGACGCGCGCUGCGAGGACCCGUCCUGCGCCGCGUCGCACCAAUACCUGGAGGUCGCGGACGGGGGCACGGUCCAGGGGGAGACGUGCGGCCCGGAGCUGCGGCGCGCGGGCUGCCACCGAGCGGAGCUGUCGAUCGUCGCCGAGGCCCUGCCGGGCUCGGGCAUCGCCGCGGGCGACCUCAUGGUGCACGUCGCCGAGUUCGGCAAGAUGCACAGCGACGACGGCCUGCGCUACCACCGGGAGCAGCGGGGCCUGACGCUCCUCUUCCUGAAGCGGGCGGCCGCGGCGCCGCCGCGGCGCGCCGCCGCGCCGCGGGCGAGCCGCGCGCCGUGCGACACGCGACUGAUCGAGGGCCUCGCGGCGGGCGACGCGGCGCCGUCGGGCCCGCUCGGGCUCCUUGACGCGGGAACGGCGACGGGCGUCCUCACGCACCUGCGCCACAUCGUCGACGGCGCGUGGCGGUCGCUGCUCGCGAUCUUCUUCUCCGCGGCCGCGCCCUUCUCCGAGGCCGGCGGCACGCCCGAGCAGGUCGCGAACACGCGGGACCUCCGGCGCAAGAUCCCCGUCGCGGCGCUGGGGUGGUACCUCUACCCGAGCGAGCGCUGGGAGGAGGCCUGCACGCACUUCGCGGGCGCGCUCUACGCGGCGCCCGCGGCGCCCGGCGACGCGGCGCCGCCCUGCGAAGCGCCCGCGGACUGGUCCGACCUCUGGGAGCGGAGCGGCGGCGACGUCUGCGCGGCGUUCCGCGGCCGCGGCAACGCGGCGCUCCGGAGCCGGUGGUACGCGGACCUCGUCGUCGAGUUCGCCGCCAACUACCUCGCGUUCUGCGUCCACGCGCGCGAGCUCGAGCCGCCGCGGGCCAUGCAGCGCGCCUUCGGCCUCGCCGCGCCGAGCCGCGCGGCCGUCCUCGGCGACCGCGGCGCCGUGCCGCACCCGGCCUGGGGCGCGGCCUUCGACCGCGUCGCGUCGUUCCUCGUCUUCAUGUUCCCGGACCAGGCCUCCCUCAAGGAGCUCUUCCUCUCCUACGCGACCGAGGUCUACGAGCUCCCCGCGGACUGGCUCGGCCCGGCGGCCGGCCCCUCGCGCGCGUCCGCGCGCGCGCGCGAGCUCCAAGACGCCGCCGACGCGGCGCGCGCGCGCGCCUGA